CGGAGACUUUCGAACAAGCGGGGAAGCGAAGCUUUGGAGGAGAGAAGUUGAAAGCAGUACUAAAGGGCUAUAACGGCCGUAGAGACCCCGAGUUGCCGCGGUGCUUGUAACCCUGCAGUGAAGAAAAAGGCUCUUGGAGGAAGAACGCGAACAGCGCGCUAAAGGGAUGUUGGGUUGAGUUCGAUUUCCUUAAAGUCGUGGGCAUGCGGCCAGUAGUGGCGAAGGGCACAGUCGGAAGGGAACGGAGUGUGAAUAAUUGGACCUAAGUUUGGGAUUUAAUUGUACUAUAUGUACAGAUAUUCUCAAUUCCUAUAAUAAUGAUAUGACGUCUGAACGCUCACAAAAAUUAAGAGCAGCCGGUUAGUGGUCACCAUCAUCUCUUAUAUAAACCUGGAAGUCUGAGAAAAAAGAUGCAUAACUCUUAGGGACGCAUAUAUUGUCUAAAGUACUACUUGAUUUCUCUGAAUGCCAAUCUCUCUCUUUUACCUGGGAAAUCAAAGCUGUUUCCAGAAUUAGCUGGGUGAAGAAAAAGGAACUUUAUGCAGUUGGCUAUUUUCUUGAUCCCAGCUCAGAAUCGGAUUUGAAUGAAAUAUGGCAAAAGUUUUGAAAAAGUCCUUUAAGGAUAGUUUGGAAGAUAUAAAAGAACGAAUGAAAGAAAAGAGAAAUAAAAAAUGGGCAAAACUGGGUAAAGCGAACCAGGUUUUACCUAUUAAGAGUAAAAUUGCAGAUAAUUCUGUGGCACAGUUGAAAAACUUUCAAGCAAAUAAUCGUGCUUUAGCUUUGGCUUUAGAAGAAGAGAGGAGUAAAAUGAGGGAAGCACAAGAUAUCAUACUAUGUUUAAAGAAAGAGUAUCAGAGCCUGAAGUUUCAGAAUUUUGACCUACAAAGCAAGCUUAAAUUACAACAAGAAAAACAACGUGCUGAGAAUAGAUUCAUGGUAGUGAAGAAGAUUAUUUCCAAAGUUGUUCAAGAUCUACUCAGUGCAGCUAAUAUUCUUGAUCCUUUAAAUGAUGUCUCUACUGCUGCUUUUAAUACAACUCAGCAUGACUUUGAACAUGAGGAAUAUGCCCCUGGAAGUUUAAAGAAGCAUGAUGCUUUGACACUUCUAAGGCAUAUUCUUGCUGUAGAAAUAGGUAAAGAAGAUGCAGAGGAAAUACAAGAUAAAGUGGAAAGAUUUUAUUCAGAUAGUGACUUAAAUUUGUGUGGUGAUGUUGAGAAUACAUCUUCAGUGUCUCAGGCAGAUAUAGGUUGCCAGAAUUAUUCCUGUGAAGAUCAUCCAGAUCAUGUAAACUCUGGGAGCAGAAUUAUUUCAGUUGAAGACAGGCAAAUUGACUAUUCUGUACCUAAAAAUGUUUCUAUCCGCCGUCGUUAUUUAAAAAUUAAUUCCCUCAGUGAAGUCUUUGAAUCAGAUGGCAUUCCACAUAUCAGUGUUGAUCUUUCAUGUUCAAAGAAUAAUAAUGAAAAUUGUGAAGAAAUAUCUAUUAGUCAGGAGGACAAGCAUAGUGUAAACAUUGAUAAAAGUGAAUCAGAUAUACAAAUUGAAUCUGUUAAAAGUGAAUCAGAGAUGCAAAUUGAAAAGGCCACAGCCUUUUCAGAACAAAAUAAUUUUAAUAAUAUUGGUGGUUUUAAAACUCAGAAAGGAAAGAGUCAGAAGAGAAAAUUGGUAACCACAAAAAAUAUACCCAAGGCAAGAUCCAACAGAGACAAAAACUGCAAUAAGCAUGUAGGAGCUAAACAAAAAGCAGAUAUAUCCAUUCGUUCCAAUGAUGCUUAUGAUUUUAUUAGUGAAGAGUCUGUUCAUAUAACACCUUUUCGGCAAAUCAAACAAAAUGAACAUGUUGAUGACACAGAUUAUACAGAAAAAACAGAAAUCUGUAGUGGUGAAUCAUCUGUUUCAGAAGAAGAUCCUGACGAUAGUCUCUAUGUGCCUUACUCAAAAAAAUCAAAAUCCAACAAAACUUUAAAUACUGGAACAGAUGUAAUCCCACUACACACAAAACCACGAUCAAAGAGAACUGCAUCUAAGCAACAUGAUAGAAAUCCUGAGGGGGAAAAUAGGAAUACCGAGAUACCUGAAUCUCAUUUGGAUGAAUCAUCUGAGGCAGUUCAUAAACAUCUUAAUGAUAUUACCAAUGUUGUAUCAACUUCUUGCCAAACAAGAAUUUCUCAGCCAGCCUUCAGUACUGCAGCAAAAGAUACUAUUCACCAAAGACGCAGAAGUACUAGUUAUGUGAGCUAUAAGGAGCCAAGUCUCAGUGGGAAACUCAGAAGAGGCGACCCUUUUACGGAUACCAGCUUUCUGAACUCUCCCAUUUUUAAAGAGAGAAAGAACACCAAAUCGCUUAAUAAAAAGUUGCUGUCCAGAUACAAUGAAGCAUUUGUUGGUUAUUAAGAUACUUUUUAUGAAGUAUAUUUAGCUCCUCACUUAUAUUAUGCUGAAAGUAUAUUAACUAAAAUUCUGGAGAUGGAGCUUUUUACAUGUUUUUCUGAUCUAAAUUUAUGAAUACUUUGAUAAUAUAUAACACACAUACACUGCCUUUCAGAAUUUAUUGAUUCAGAAUGGUGUGAAUAACCUAUUAUCAUUUUAGGAGGAGCUAUUUCCUGAACAUGAUAGGAAAAAAAUAAUAGUUUGGAAUGCAGAUUAUCAUUUAUUUGCUAAUAAAUGCAGUUCAUUUUAACCGUCUGUCAUUAGAAAUAAAGUUAAACUCUGUUGUAUCUUCUGAACUAUUACUUGCUUAUAUAAAAUAAGUUAGUAAUUUUGAUAAAGCUAAUUUUUUUUAAUUAUCAAUAUUAACAUAUGUUUUCAGCCUCCAUUUUCUUGCAAUUAUUCUAAGUUUGUAAAAAUAACCUGAAUAUGUUGUCCUGUUCUGUAGGUUUAUUAGGAAUAAAUACCAAUGAACUCUCUAGGAGUUCUGAGUAAAUGUGACUUGGUGAUGUAUCUCGAAUUAUAUGCUAGUAUUUUUAUUCAGUUAUUUCAAAGCAACUAUUAGUUUCCUGAUAGCACUUAUAGCAAAGAGAAAGCAGAAACCGGUGUGCAUUUAUUUUGGUCCAAGAAUUUUAACUAAUAGUUAUUCUUGUCUUUUAUGUCUUUAGAUUGUAAGCUUAUGGUAUCAGUGGUUUAACAAGGUAUUUAAGUAGAUAUCUUUAUGUAGAAUGUAAAAGUCAUAAAUAGAUAACACAUUUUGAUUUUAUUUGAAAACUUAUAUUAAUCUGUAUGAAAAGUAGAAAUUCCAUUGGAUUUACUACUGUAGGAUGAGUUCCAGUUCUUAUUACCUGAAGGUGCUCUAACAUACUUCUAUUCCAUUUCAUAAAAUGAGAGGUACUCUACAAACAAUGAGUAUGUCUGGUAUUUUUAUAUGCAAAUUACAAAAUAGCACACAAGAUCAAUGUUAUACAUAUAAUUUAAAACAUUUUAUACCAGUACAAUAAAUAAUUUUACAAAUGUAAAAUUUCAGUUAAAGUAUUUAAACACAUACUGUGUAUAACUUUAUUGCACAAUAUCUAUGAAAAUAAUCUUUAAAUUAGAAACCAAAAUGUUCUCAAUAUAGAAGAGACUCUAAUUUCAAGACAAUAAGAAUCUUUGAAAAUAACACUUUCACAGGAUAUCAAGCUUUAGAGGUGACUCUGUUGGCCCAGUUUACAAAAUACAUGAAAAUUACUAUUUAAAUAUUCUAAAACAAAGUUGCAUCAUUGUACCUUAAAUACAAAGCUCAUUCUGGUUUAUAUAAAGCGCUAAGGCAUUUCUAUAUUACUAUUUUGUCUAUUAUGUACCAUUUCCUUCUAGCAAUGUUCUUGUAAUCAGAAUAAAACAUUAUAGGCAUUGUGCCAAAAAAAA